AUGAGCUGUGUGGCGUUUCAUUCGCAUCUUCUUCUCGGUUUAAUGAUUAUUCAUGCUACUAUAGUUAUGUACCUAUUCUUCUCCGAUAUGUACUUCAUAUUUCCAAUGAAAAAACUUAAUGAUAGUGUUAACGUUACGGAAUCGAUAGAGGAAGAAUUGGAUUUAAAUGCUUUAAAGGUGGCAACUGCAAUUGUGGUCCAUUUCCUCUGCAUUAUAGUCCUUUUUAUGUCAAUAUUGGCAAACAAUGUGAGAACUUUAGCACGAAAACUGCCUCCGGUUGUUAUUAGUGUAGCCCUAGUAUUCUUGUUCCUUUUCAACGCCGUCGGUUGUUUUUGUCUUUGGCUUCAUAAAAGUCCACAUAAACCAGGCGGCUUCUCUAAAACUGUGAGGGGUAGCUCGAUUUUAUCUUCAACAACACUAGGUCUAACAUUCACCAUAUCAGUGCUAUACUGUAUACGCCCUCCAGCACAUGAAUCACUCAAAGUCCCUCCCAAAAACGUAAGUUUGGGAAACAAAAGAAGCGAAGGAAAAGCGAAAGGGAGAAGUGGGACGCCGGGAGAACUCUUGGUGAAGCCUAAGGACGGCUCUCCAGAAAUGAAAACAGCGGCAGGUUCCCUGGAACCGAAACCAGAACCAGCUCCAGCACCACCUCCACCUCCACCGCCACUACCAGCCCCAGCACUAUUCCCUUCGCCACCAGCUCCACUUCUUCCUCCAUUUCCACCUCCACCUCCACCUCCACCUCCACCACCACCUCCACCUCCGCCUCCACCUCCACCUCCACCUCCAGCUCCAGCUCCAGCUCCAGCUCCAGCUCCAGCUGAAGCAGCGGAUAAGAAACCAACCGAUGGAGAAGGGCUGUACGAAAAUUUGGAAGUUCCUCCUCCUGAAAUGCUUCCUCCACCACCACCUACUUAG